AGGUCCAAAAAAAAGAAAAACAUGUGAAACUAAAUCCGAGCAGCAUCAAGCAAGUCAUAGAGACUAGUUAUUUAAAAACCAACCUCAACUACCUCGCGAACAUGGAAGAGGCAGCGAACACCGUGUGUAAAGAAAUGAUCUUAGCGUUCAAAGAUAACAGAGUAUAAUGAGGGAACGGCGCUGUGCUUGUUUAACGCGUGUUGUUGUUUGGCUCCAAUGUCUCUGCCCGUAGUGUUGCCCGGAUCUUGUUGUCGUUUGUCGGGGGCCGCUUUGGCCCAUCAUUUCACAAACAGAAGUCGCAACCGGUGCGCGACUGCUCUUCCUUCCCGCAUGUCUGGAACUCAGACGCGGCUCAUCCCAGCGCUGCUGCCGGCUCGCCCGCUACUCUCACUCGGCUUGGUCCAGCUGGUGCUCGGCUGCUCCAUGGUGGCGCUCUCUUUCGGGGCUCUGUCCCUUAGCAAUUCACCCCCGAUCAGAAACUCUUGUCCAUUCUGGGCCGGAUCUUCAGUUAUUCUCUCUGGCAUCAUAGGGUUGACCACAUGGAAACGGCCGAUGCUUCUGCUGGUGAACCUGUUUGUAUUGCUGUCAGUGGUCUGUAUUCUGCUAAACCUGGCGGGGUUCAUUCUCUGUUGUCAGGGAGCUCAGCUGGUCUCCAGUACCAUCAACUGCCAGCUGAGUGAGCAGGGCGACCUUUGUUACUGCUGUUCAGAGACCCCAAGCACCGAGUGCCAAGAGGAGAAAUUGGUAAAGAUCUAUGCGGGCCAUGCGUGUGGCACAAUGAGAAUCCUGCUCAAGAAAGUCCUCUUUGCGUUGUGUGCGCUCAAUGCUCUCGCUACAGCUGUGUGUUUGGUUGCUGCGGCGCUCAGAUAUCUCCAGAUCUUCUCAACAAGACGACCCUGCAUGGAAGAGGCCAGGCCGGUUCCAGAAGAAGUUGAGGAGCACACUCGUCUACCAGACCCUGAUGAGUUUGUUGCCCCUGCGCCCCCACCCUCUUACUUCUCCACCUUUUACUCCUACACCCCACGCCUGGCCCGCAGGAUGUUUGGUGACUGCACGAUUCCUCUUCCUCAUAUAUAUGGCGCCAGGAUUAAAGGUGUGGAGGUCUUCUGUCCACUGGAACCUCCUCCACCUUAUGAAGCUGUUGCAUCACAGCCAGCAACACAGGUCCAGCAGGCUGAGGUGCAAAUGUCUGACCUGACGGAGGUUCUCACACAGGCCACAGAAACAGUUACACCCACUGAUGACAGGUGCCAUCAGACGGCCAUACUGAGCUCCACCCCACCAUCAGAGUCCAGACAGCCUCACACUGCAGUUUCCCCAUCCAGAAGACCUCAAAGAACUCGCCACCGCAGGUCCAACAGUGACCCUGUCCUGCUGGACCUCACUGCCAAGGUAAUAAGUUGUGAGGCAGCUACACAGACAGAGUUAGGCCCGGUUCCAGCUCCUGGAUCAGUGACAGGAACGGUUACGCUACGACGGGAGCGUGGCAAACGGAAGCCCCGCCCUAAUUCCAUGGUCGACUACAAGAGCUAUAAAGACACAAAACUUCUGGUGGCACGGUUUUUGGAGCAAUCUGCCUGCAGCUUAACUCCUGAGGUACAGGAGCUGGUCAAUAGCAUUAAAACCGUUCUGCGCUCCGAUGAGGAACACAUGGAUGAGGCUGUCCGAUGUGCCAGCUUCAUUGACCAGGCCAUCACUGUUUCAGUGACAGCACCGGUGCAACCCACCCACAGCAGACACGUGCAGAUAGAGCCCGUCUCCAACACGCUGCCCCUGCGUAAGCGUCCGGGCAUCCUCCACCUGCGCAGCUGUGGUGACCUCAGCUCCUUCACUUGGGCGGAACUUCAGGACGUGCCGGAACGCAGGCCGGCCCCUUAUUCCCGAACAAACUCCAGGACGGGCUCUCGGGCAGGAUCCCGCCGCGUGGAACAGGAACGUCCACACAGCCUUAUAGGAGUCUUCAGAGAAACCGUCCUCUGAGUGACUCAAACAUACUGUUACAGUAAGAGGGGGGGAAAUAGACUCCGCCCCUGCUGGGUGAUGGUACAGCACCACAACAUUAUGGAUACACAACAGUUUGUCCUUCGAUUGUAUCGUGCCACUACUUUUCUGUUUUUACAUUUUUAGUUGAAUUGUCUUGGAUUUUUAACAGUCUCGAUGUACUGUUGCUUUUAUUAACUAUGCAUUCUUAUAAAACACUGGAAAAAAGUUUUAUUUACCAUAUGCUACCUAUUUAAAAAUAUAUAAUUUCUUAUAUAAAAAUACAAUCGAUAACCAUUGUACAAAAAAUGUAAAGUUCUAUUUAGGUUGAUUUGCUGUAGGGAACUAACGACCGCUGAUCAAAUCAGCAUAUUGUGAGGGAGAGGAAACAUUUUAGUUUUAGUUUUUUAUUUUCACCAUUUUAGGUAAUUUUUCUUUGCCCAAAGGUGCAUUAUUGUUAAUUGUCAGUGAAUGAGAUGAGAUGUUUCUGUGCAUUCUAUAAGGUAAAUUGACAAUCUUAAAUCAACAAUGUUUGUACAGAUCAUGGCUUUCCUCUGGAUCCUUCGUUCGAAUUUUACCCGACAAUCGUGAUUGGAAAAUCUUCAGUCAAAAAUAUUUACUCUUCCCCAUCUUGUUUUAAACCUGCAUGUGAAAGCGGGAAUAGAUGGUAAAUAACUUGUAAAACACUAAUUAUUCAAAUAAAUUCACCACAGCUUCAGGAGACUAGGAAUAUUUGCACAAGUCAUAUACUGCAGACUUUAUGAAACUUAUGGUAUUUUUACUUUUGUUUUUUAAAGAAAAAUGACAGCACACUAUAGAUUCAGAAUAACUACAUGAAGUACAUUUUUGGGGGGUGAUCUGCUCCUCUAACAUGCCGAAUAAAAAGCUUUCUAACAAAAUGUUACAAGUUGUGUUUUUUUAAUUACAUAUCAGCACAAGUUUUGGAUGAGUACACAACAGCCAGUUUGGAUGUGAUGAACAACUGUAAAAAAACUGAUAUUUGCUUUGUAUGAGAUUAAAGAG